AUGGCGGAGAAGGAAGAAGAAGAACAACAGCAGCUUUCAAAGACGUUAAAAUCGUCCACCGGAGCUUCACGGCCAACGAUUUCACUUCCUCCUCGGCCGUUUGGGGAAAUGUUUUUUAGCGGUGGCGUUGGAUUUAGUGGAUUUAGUCCUGGUCCGAUGACUCUCGUCUCCAAUUUGUUCUCUGAUCCUGACGAAUUCAAAUCCUUCUCUCAGCUUCUUGCCGGAGCUAUGGCUUCUCCGGCGGCUGCUGUUGCAGCUGCUGCCGUCGUCGCUAGUGCUCAUCAGACAUCUGUGAGCUCGGUCGGUGACGACGGCGAUGGCGGUGGAAGCGGCGGUGAUGUUGACCCGAGGUUCAAACAAAACAGACCAACGGGAUUGAUGAUUACGCAGCCACCGGCGAUGUUCACCGUACCGCCGGGAUUAAGUCCGGCGACGCUUUUGGACUCUCCGAGCUUCUUUGGUCUUUUUUCACCCAUUCAGGGAUCAUUUGGUAUGACACACCAACAAGCAUUAGCACAAGUCACAGCACAAGCAGUACAAGGCAAUAAUGUCCAAAUGCAAUCCCAAUCCGAAUAUCCUUCCUCUACACAACCACAACAACAAACUCCAUUGACUGAGCCUCCUUCGUUUUCCUCUGGACCUCGGUCACAGAUUCCAGACCCGGUUCAAGAUUCGUCGCAGGUCCAGAGAGAAACCUCGGAGAUAUCUGUAUUUGAGCAUCGGUCACAGCCUCAGAAUGCUGAUAAACCAGCUGAUGAUGGAUACAACUGGAGGAAAUACGGGCAGAAGCAAGUGAAAGGGAGCGAUUAUCCUCGGAGUUAUUACAAAUGUACGCAUCCCGCGUGUCCUGUCAAGAAGAAAGUGGAGAGGUCUCUCGAUGGACAAGUCACGGAGAUCAUUUACAAGGGUCAGCACAAUCAUGAACCUCCUCAAAAGCGCGGGAACAAUAACGGGAGUUCUAAAAGUUCUGAUGUCGCAGCUCAGUUUAAAACCAGUAAUAGCAGUCUCAACAAGAGUAAGAGGGAUCAGGAAACAAGUCAGGUUACAACAACAGAGCAGAUGUCUGAAGCAAGUGACAGCGAGGAGGUGGGUAAUGCAGAAACUAGUGUGGGAGGAAAACACGAGGAUGAGCCUGAUCCUAAAAGAAGAAAUACAGAAGUCAGGGUUACAGAACCGGUUUCUUCAUCGCAUAGAACCGUGACAGAGCCUAGAAUUAUUGUCCAAACGACGAGUGAAGUUGAUCUCUUAGAUGAUGGAUAUAGAUGGCGCAAGUAUGGUCAGAAAGUAGUCAAAGGGAAUCCUUAUCCGAGGAGCUACUAUAAGUGUACAACACCUGGAUGUGGAGUGAGGAAACAUGUAGAGAGAGCAGCAAAUGAUCCUAAAGCUGUUGUAACAACAUAUGAAGGAAAGCAUAACCACGACGUUCCAGCUUCUAGAACCAGUAGCCAUCAGUUAAGACCAAACAACAAUCUACACAACAACUCGACGGUUAACGUGAACCAACAACAGCCAAUUGCUCGUUUAAGGCUAAAAGAAGAGCAAAUCACUUGA